AUGGCUGACUAUGACGAGGAAGAAGUCGCGUACGGCGUGACCGUGCGUGAUGUGAAACCUGCUGACUUUAUCAAGGCGUACGCUGAGCACUUGAAGCGAUCAGGCAAGAUUGAGCUACCUGCAUGGUGGGAUGUUGUUAAGACAGCCUCAUUCAAGGAGUUAUCUCCAGCCGACCCGGAUUGGUACUACAUCCGCGCUGCAUCCAUCGCGCGUAAAGUGUAUUUGCGCCAGUACACUGGUGUUGGCUCACUCAAGAAGGUUUAUGGUGGCGCUGCUCGCAAGGGUGUGCACCGUCAGCACUUCCAGAAGGCGUCCGGUGGUCUGAUUCGCCACAUUUUGCAGCAGCUGGAGGAGAUGAAGGUCGUGGAGAAGUGUCCCGAGGGCGUGAACAAGGGUGGUCGCAAGAUCACUAGUCACGGUCAGCAGGAUCUUGACCGUAUUGCCGGCCAGGUUGUGCGUGCAUAA